GGGCCUAGGGCUCGGACCGGGGUGCUUCCCAAUCCCUGCACCGGCAGGAGAUGCGAGGGUCAAGCGCCGGCCGAGAAGGUGUCCUCACUCCGCAGGGACCAGGUCGCCGUGCAGCUCUUUGGAAGCUCUUGAAAAAUAAAUCCCCCAACUCAUUUUGCACUUUAAUGCGUUUGGAUUAUUUUUUAUUUUAACGUCAGGCUCUGAAAGCUCAGAGCCCUUUAGAAUGUCUUUUCUAAAUGGAUCCCAGCCUUCUCUGGCCGAAUCAGUUCAUAGAAUAUCUUUUCAAUAAGGAAGAAACCCUCCCUUGGUCAUUGGCCAGAUCUCAGGGUCUUUAGUACCUGAGUAUUUAUUUAUUUCUUGCAGCGACACUUCAGGCAUUUGGGCUUAUUUCUGUCUUUUCCCUCAUCUCUCAGCUCUCUCUCUCUCUCUCCUCUCCAAGAAUGAAACAUGACUGAGGACUCUCAGAGAAACUUCCGUUCAGUAUAUUAUGAGAAAGUGGGGUUCCGUGGGGUUGAAGAAAAGAAGUCAUUAGAAAUUCUCCUAAAAGAUGACCGUCUGGAUAUCGAGAAACUCUGUACUUUCAGUCAGAGAUUCCCCCUACCGUCCAUGUACCGGGCACUGGUGUGGAAGGUGCUUCUAGGAAUCCUGCCUCCACACCAUGAGUCCCACGCUCAAGUGACGCAGUAUCGCAAGGAGCAGUACUCUGACGUUCUCCGCGCCCUCAGGGUCGUCCGCUUCGUCAGUGACGUCACGCCCCAGGUCGAAGUUUAUCUCCGCAUGUAUCAGCUGGAGUCUGGGAAGCUGCCUCGCAGUCCGUCCUUUCCGCUGGAGCCAGAAGAUGAAGUCUUCCUUGCCAUUGCUAAAGCCAUGGAGGAGAUGGUGGAGGACAGCGUCGACUGUUACUGGAUCGUCCGCUGCUUUGUGAACCAGCUAAAUAACAAGUACCGGGACUCUUUACCCCAGCUGCCAAAGGCUUUCGAACAGUACUUGAACCUGGAGGACAGCAGACUGCUGAGUCAUCUGAAGAUGUGCUCUGCGGUGCCCAGGCUUCCCUACGAGCUGUGGUUCAAGAGGUGCUUCGCGGGGUGCCUGCCCGAGUCCAGCUUACAGAGGGUUUGGGAUAAAGUGGUGAGUGGAUCCUGUAAGAUCCUCGUUUUUGUGGCUGUGGAGAUUUUAUUAACCUUUAAGAUAAAAGUAAUGGCACUGAACAGUGCAGAGAAGAUAACGAAGUUUCUGGAAAACAUCCCCCAGGACAGCUCGGAUGCCAUCGUGAGCAAGGCCAUCGACUUGUGGCACAAGCACUGCGGCACCCCGGUGCAUUCAGCCUGAGCGUUCCCGACGGCCACGGAGUCUGCGGGGCCUGCCCGAGCACCUUGCUCUCGGCCUGGCUCUGCUUACAGGGUGGAGAGCAGUCUUCUCGCUUCGGUGCUCCAAGUGUAAUUUUCUUCUGCAGUAGAAUCAUUGCACUGAGAAGCCUGGCGUUGCUGUGCAGUGGAGCAGCGUGCUCAGUGGCACAGAUGCGCACAGCUCACCCCUCCAGGACACUAGGGAAGGGCGUCGGCCUAGGAGGUGGGCGUGCACCGACCAGCCGUGCAUAACCGAGCCUGCCCCGCCUUCUCUCCAAUUAGCACCAAGCUAGUUACUGGUUUCUUGUUCUAUUUCUGGAAUAAAGAGCCACUUCCUUUGUUGACACCUCGAA